GCCGCCACAAAAGAAGCGGCCGUGGAGCAACGGCGAGCCCUCGGUGUGAGUUGAGCCCUUCUGGCUCGCUUUCCCUGGACCCAGCUGCAGGUCGGCCCGCUCCUGCAGGUAACUCGUGUCUGCCCAGCCUACCGAGGGUCCGAGUCGAGACCAUGAUGAAAUUUCGAUUCCGCCGACCGGGCAACGACCCGCAGCGGGAGAAACUCAAAUUGGAGCUGUUCGCCUUCAAUAAGACAGUCGAACAUGGAUUUCCAAAUCAGCCUAGCUCUUUGGCACAUGAUCCGAAACUCCGGCUAAUGGCCAUUGCAACCAAAUCAGGAUCUUUGAAAAUCUAUGGAGUUCCAGGCGUGGAGUUUACAGGGCUACACAAAGAAACUGGCACAGUGACGCAGAUGCACUUUCUACCUGGCCAGGGCCGCCUACUGUCUUUGUUGGAUGAUAAUACCAUUCACUUGUGGGAGAUUAAUCAAAAGAACAACUAUUCUUUCCUGGAAGAAGUCCGAACUUUCAGACUUCCUGGGCGGCCAGGAUUCGAUGGCGCAAAUGCUCCUCCCAGCAUUACCAGAAUUACUGUGAUCAUGUUGAGGUCUUGCUGCAAAGUGGCAUGUUUGGGGACAGAAGGUGGAGGUGUGUACUUCCUGGAUUUGCCCUCGAUGCAGCUGCAGGACAACAGGACUCUCCUUCAGGAUGAAGUCUUGCAAGGUGUUCCAGAUGAUUACAAAUGUGGAAAAGCUCUGGGAGCAAUAGAGUCUCUCCAGGAACAUCCAGCUGAUCCAGACAAGCUUCUGAUUGGCUACAGCAGAGGCCUGGUGCUCCUGUGGGACCAGAGCACCCGGCAAGUGGAGAAUCUGUUUCUAAGCAAUCAGCAGCUUGAGAGCCUCUGCUGGGAGCGAAGCAACAGGACGUUUGUGAGUUCCCAUAGUGAUGGAAGCUACAUGGUAUGGCCAGUGAACAAUGCAAAGUACAAAAACCAGCCCAUCACCUCUUCAAUUCCAUUUGGCCCUUUCCCUUGCAAAGCCAUCAACAAAAUCCUUUGGAGAACCUCCGAAACAGGAAGUCCGUUCAUAAUCUUCAGUGGAGGAAUGCCAAGAGCCAGUUAUGGAGACAGGCAUUGCAUUACUAUAAUGCAGGGCAAGACCCAAGUUACUCUGGACUUCACCUCACGUGUGAUUGACUUCUUUACAGUACAUAAUAUACAUCCAGACCAAGAGUAUGACAAUCCCAGAGCCCUUCUCGUGCUCGUGGAAGAAGAGCUGGUGGCAGUGGAUCUGCAGACUCUGGGCUGGCCAACCAUCACUCCUCCAUACCUAGCACCGCUCCAUUCCUCGGCUAUCACUUGUUCCUAUCACAUUUCCAACAUUCCAGCCAAGCUCUGGGAGAGGAUCAUCUCUGCAGGGAAGCAACAGAACCCCCAGAUUUCAACAGUGGAGUGGCCAAUUAAUGGUGGGAAAAAUCUGGCCCCAGAACCUGCCCACAAAGGACUUUUGCUAACUGGGCAUGAAGACGGGACAGUACGUUUUUGGGAUGCAUCUGGUGUGUCACUGAAACCUCUUUAUAAACUAGCCACAGCAAAUAUUUUCCAGACGGAUGCAGACCACAAUGAGGGUUUCUCACAGAGUGGGGAAGAGGAAUGGCCUCCAUUCCGCAAGGUUGGCUGUUUUGAUCCUUAUAGUGAUGAUCCAAGGUUGGGAAUUCAGAAGAUUUCAUUAUGUAAAUACAGCAGUCGAUUGGUGGUUGCUGGUACAGCAGGACAGGUUAUCGUAAUGGAAUUUAAUGAUGAGAAGUCAGAACGAAAAAUCAGUGUCUCUACAGUUGACCUCCUCCAGGAUCGUGAAGGCUUCACCUGGAAGGGCCAUGACAGGUUAAGCCCAAAGGAUGGUUUAAUCAGCUUUGUCGGUGGCUUCCAGCCAAGCUUCCUGGUUCAGUGUAUUCCUCCAGCAGCUGUGACAGCAGUGGCUUUGCACACCGAGUGGCAGCUUGUGGCUUUUGGUACCAGUCAUGGUUUUGGCAUUUUUGAUUACCACAGGCAACAGCCAGUGCUGGCUAGGUGCACACUGCAUCCAAACGAUUCUUUAGCAAUGGAGGGUCCACUAUCCCGGGUGAAAUCACUGAAGAAGUCAUUGCGUCAGUCAUUCAGAAGGAUACGGAAAAGCAGGGUCUCUGGAAAGAAGCGACCAUCAUCAAGCAGCCCCACCAGCAAGAUCCAAGAAGCAAAUGCCAAACUUGCUGAGCAGGAUGGUCCUUGUGACGUGGAGGUGACUCCAGUACAGAGGCGGAUCGAGCCACGUUCUGCAGAUGACUCUCUUUCGGGUGUUGUCCGCUGCCUUUAUUUUGCUGACACAUUUUUGCGGGAUGCCACACACCAUGGCCCUACACUGUGGGCAGGAACAAAUGCUGGGUCUGUUUACGCAUAUGCACUGGAGGUUCCAUCAAGGGAGAAAUGGACAGAGAGGUCCACGGAGGCUGUACUGGGUAAAGAAAUUCAGCUGAUGCACCGAGCCCCAGUGGUGUCAAUCGCAGUCUUGGAUGGGCGAGGAAACCCACUCCCUGAACCACUUGAAGUAUCUCGCGAUCUGGCCAAAGCCCCAGAGAUGCAGGGCAGCCAUUCUGUGCUGAUCAUCUCAGAGGAACAGUUCAAGGUGUUUACACUGCCCAGGGUGAGUGCAAAGACGAAGUUCAAGCUGACUGCUCAUGAAGGCUCCAGAGUAAGGAAGUUGGGCUUGAUGAAUUUCCCCAGUGUUGUGUCGGAUGAAUAUUCUGAGAACUGCCUGGUGUGUUUAACAAACCUGGGAGACAUUCACAUCUUCACAAUCCCAGGACUCCGGCCUCAGAUCCGCUACGACUGCAUAAGGAAAGAAGACAUCAGUGGCAUAGCUUCAUGUGUCUUCACCAGGACAGGCCAGGGCUUUUAUUUGAUAUCUCCAUCUGAAUUUGAGCGAUUCUCUCUGUCUACCAGAAACAUAACUGAACCGCGUUGUGUGGUGGCGUGGGAAAGUUCAAGAGAACCCCUGAGCCCUGUCUCUAGCUUAUGCAAUAACUUGCAGGGAUCGCCCAAGGUGAAUCAUUCCAAUGGAAUGCACAGGGUUCAGAACAAGGAAGAAAACAACUCGCUGGGCGCUACUGACGGGGUGAUGGAGAACUUCCCACUGGCAUUGUCUCAGACACCACUUGACUCCCCCAUCAGUAGCACUGACAUCACCCUGGAUGCGAGUGGUGACAUGACGGUGGAGGAUGUGAAGGACUAUUUGCCGGACUGUUAGUGGAAUGAGGAACUUCGGAUACCUUGCAAUGUGACCGGUUAGCUGUACAGAAAAGGGAAUAUUAUCCACAUCAAUACCCAAACCUUGCAUUGGGGUCAUGGACAUCGAUUUCACGGAGGUUUAAACUGUCACAGCUUCUGUGCCAAAAGACAUUUUCUUCUAAGACUAUUUGAAUCUACAUGUGGAACCAGCAGCCUCCUACUUGCCUUCAUUCUUACCCAACACUACACACAGAUAACUUUAUAAAGACUGAGUUUCAUAUGGUCUGUGAGAGGCACCUCUGAUAUCAUGGCUGAAAUAAAAAAGCCAAAAUUUGACAUGAAGGAACUUCAAAUUUGGAAAGUAGAUCAUCAGUCUGACUCUCUUCCCCACAAAUAUGCCUGCCUAAGAAUCAGCUUUAAAUAACAUUAAUCACAUUUUGUUUCCAGACUUUGAAAAGGAAUUAAAUUUCAAGGAAGUUUUUGACUCUCUUUUGCAGCUUUUCUGUUUUGUACAGAAGGUUUCAAUGAAUAAGAAUCCUUCAGUAGAUUUUCCCGAAUAACCUUUACCUUCCUAUAAAGGGUUGAACAAUGAUGACUGAAGCCUCUCUGAAGUAGCCCUGGGAGAACAGUGGAGCCCUCUUCCAGAGAGCUGAUUUAGUUUUUCAGUUUGCGGCAUAGUAAUGGUUGAAUUUUGAAUGAAACAAGUGUCUGAACCAAUUCGGUGCAAUCUACACCUUGGAGCAAGUUUAACUAUGCUACAUUUUAACCACUUUCUGAAAUGAUGUAUAAUUGUUCCUUGACAUUCAAUGUAAUUCGCCAAUGCACUUGCACGUUCAAUGGGCUUGAGGGUGUGACUAACCUCACUGUAGCAUACAUGCAUUCUACAAUGCCAGGUUUAGAUGGCAUAUGACCAGUUUUAAGCUGUUUUUAAUAAUUCAACUGUACAGUUUUCAAUAGCUAGACUCAAGCAAUUUUUAUGUUCGGCUUUCAUCUGAAUGUGUCAGUAAUAAGGGUUCCCCUCUCCACCCCUCUCUAACACCUGUGCACAAAGUGGAAAAAUAUCUUCCUGGGUUCUCCUAUUUUUCUAGUGUUGAUCAUCAAAAUGACAACGAUAUGACCUUUUCUACGAUUGGGGAAUAAUGUUUUAAUUGCUUGUUUCGCAGUUUCUUCUGAUAGAAGAAGAAAUCUGAAAUUGUUCUCAAAGUUUGAUGGUCUUAAAUGUUUAAUCAUUUCCUGCUGUUGCUGAAUCUCAUUACCCUGGAUAUCAUAUCUAACUGUGCUUCCAACAGUGUUACAUAGGUCAUAUCUCUUGAAUAGAAUGGUAUUGCACUGGUGUGAUUUUUGUCUUUAAUUUUACUGACUGUCAAGCAGAAUGGUACAAUUUAUUUGUAAAUACGCCUCCUUUAUUUUUUGAAGGAUUUUUUUUUUGCAAUUUCUACGGGGCUGUUCACAGGAUUGUUCCCUUGUGUGGAAAGCGGUUGGUACUUGCAUCUUUCUGUCUGUAUUUGUCAUUAUUAGACACUUUGAUAUUGACUCCGCAGGCACUGUGAAAAUUCCAGUAUUUUUUUAAGAACUUUGUGCUGUUUACAAUAUCAUUUUCUUGUAGAAUGUGUGCUGUUGAACAAAAGCUCAUUACAUUAACUAAUGGAUUUUGCUUUUAACAGUAAUAAAGCAUCUAGUGUCUCAUGAACUUAA